AUUUCCAGGUCGGCUUGCCGCCUUCCAGUGCCCCAUCAACCAACCGCUGCGAGUCACUUUGAAGCCUCUCCACGAAGAGCAACGAAGAGACCGCAACCGACGGAGUUGAGAAACUCCGUCUUGACCAAAAACCAAAUUUUUGCACGCCUGAAGAAGCUACACUGUAGCAUCUUGCUGCCAAAAUGUCGGCGACAAACAAGCAAGGCAAGAUGGCCGGUUACAUCAACUACCGGAUGCGCGUCACCUUGAAUGAUGGCCGCCAGAUGACCGGUCAGAUGCUGGCAUUUGACAAGCACAUGAACCUCGUCCUUGCCGAUACCGAAGAGUUUCGCCGAACCAAGCGCAAACAGAGCAAGCCGGCUGCCCCCGGCGCGUCGUCCGCGGCGGCCCAGGUCAUUGAGCAGGAAGAGAAGCGGACGUUGGGUUUGACGAUUGUUCGAGGCGCACACAUUGUGUCGCUCUCGGUCGAAUCUCCCCCUCCCGCAGAUCCCAGCGCGCGCCUGGGCAAGACGACAAGUGCCGGCAUCGCGACGACACUCACCGCUGGACCCGGCGUUGCGCGGCCUGCCGGCCGUGGUGCGGCUGCUCCGAUCUCUCUUGCCGGCCCUGCUGCUGGUGUUGGAGGGGCUGCUCCUCCUCCCUUCCCGGGUUUCCCGGGUGCCCCUGGGUUUCCUGGUCGCGGUGGCCCUGCACCACCUGGGUUUGGCGGUCCUUUUCCUCCUCCGGCUGGCUUCCCCGGUGCUCCUGGUUUCGCUCCUCCCGGUUUCCCACCCGGCGGGGCCCCGCCGCCGGGUUUCAACCCGCCGCCGCGGAGAUGAGCACCGUUGGCUUUGGUUUACGUCACUAAUACCCCGGUUACGCCCCGCCGCAUACAUCUCGACGGAGUGAUUUCGACGAACUUACUACGACACGUGGUGUCCGAGAUUGCGUUGGGCAUUUGUAUCAGACUUUUCAAGAAUGGUUGGGUUGGGCGGCGUUAAGGGGUUAACCAUGAAAUUUGCGGCUUGGGGUGAAUUGCAGCGUUGUUGAAGCCAUUGGGGUAGACCCGGUCUUCUUGAAAAAGCUGGAGGACGAAUAAACAAGGCGCUUCCUACACUUCUCA